UUGUGGCCGACAGCGCACGCGCGGGCUCCCGUACACUUAGGCGACUUCCGGCUUUGGGGGGCCUCGUGACGCCUUCGUCCGCCCCGGAUUGUGCUUCCGGUGUGAGGGUCACGGACAAGAUGGUGCCGCCAGUGCAGGUUUCUCCGCUCAUCAAGCUCUGCCGCUACUCCGCCCUGUUCCUCGGCGUGACCUACGGAGCCAAGCGCCACAGUUACCUGAAGCCACGGGCGGAGGAGGAGAGGAGAGUGGCUGCCGAGGAGAAGAAGAGGCAGGAUGAGCUGAAACGGAUCGAGAGGGAACUGGCAGAAGCCCGGGAGGACAGCAUCCUGAAGUGAGCGCAUCCUGGAGUGAGCGGCCUGGAGCAGGGCCCUGAGUAAAGCUCUCUGUGCUGAGUGAG